CUUUCUUCACUUUAUAUCAUAUCAAACCACAAAUCAGUCCCACAUCCCCAUGUACUCUGUUUUCUUAUCUCCAGGCAUACAGAACCAUCUAACAACCCAUGGAACUACUCUUCUACUUCCUUUCUUUCCUCCUCUUGUUCGUUCUUUCACUCUACCUUAUCAGCACUUCACGAUCAAAAGCCACACCCAAAACAGGCUUCAAAAACUACCCAAUUGUCGGAGUGCUCCCUGAAUUCGUCAGAAACCGGUUCCGGUACCUCGACUGGACUACCGAAGUACUAAUUGACUGUCCCAACAAUACCGCCUUCUUCAAGCGUCCUGGAAAAGUCCAUGGUGUCAUCACGGCGAGCCCGGCGGUGGUCGAACACUUUCUCAAAACCCAAUUCGAAAACUACCCAAAAGGAGACAGAUUCAUCAUGCUCUUGGAGGACUUUCUGGGUCGUGGAAUCUUCAAUUCAGAUGGGGAUUUGUGGAAGAUUCAGAGAAAAACUGCUGUCCAUGAAUUUACUACAAAUUCACUUCGGAAUUUUGUUAUGGAGAAUGUUAAGGUCGAGAUUUCGACCAGAUUGGUUCCGAUUUUCGCAAAAGCAGGGGAAACAGGACAAGUUUUGGAUUUGCAGGAUAUGUUGGAGAGAUUUGCGUUUGACAACAUAUGUAAACUUGCUUUCAAUGUCGAUCCGGCUUGUCUUGGAGGGGAUGGAACUGCCGGUGGUGAAUUCAUGCGUGCUUUUGAAGAUGCUGCCAUGCUUAGUUCAGGGAGGUUCAUGUAUGUAUUUCCAUUACUGUACAAAUUCAAGAAAUUUUUCAAUCUGGGUUCUGAGAGAACACUGAGGAAUUCAAUCAGGAUCGUCCAUGAAUUCGCCGAUGAGAUCAUACGGUCCAGGAUGGAGGAACGAAGUGAGAAGAAAGAUGAAGACUUGCUCUCCCGGUUCGUUGUGAGCAAUGAAAACUCGCCCAACUUUCUCCGAGAUAUCAUCAUAAGUUUCAUUCUUGCCGGCCGAGACACGACGUCGUCUGCUCUGAGCUGGUUCUUUUGGCUACUCGCCUCAAAUAAGGAUGUUGAGGAAAAAAUAUGGAAUGAAUUAGAGAUGAUUCGGGAGCGAUACGGGAAAAAUAUCGGCGAUACUUAUAGUUUCGACGAGCUCCGAGACAUGCAAUAUUUGCACGCUGCAAUAUCGGAAUCAAUGAGGUUGUACCCACCUGUACCGGUCGAUUCCAAAGCGUGCCUAAACGACGAUAUACUACCAGGCGGUAUGGUUGUCGGGAAGGGUUGGUUUGUUUCGUAUAGUGCAUACUCGAUGGGGAGGAUGGAGAGCAUCUGGGGGAAGGACUGCCGCGUGUACCGCCCAGAGAGGUGGUUGGAGAACGGGAUGUAUCGGCAGGACAGCUCGUUUCGGUAUCCGGUAUUUCAUGCCGGUCCAAGAAUAUGCUUGGGGAAAGACUUGGCUUAUAUUCAGAUGAAGUCGAUUGCAGCGUCGAUCAUUGAACGGUUUGAAAUGGACGUUCAAGAUAAGGACAAGUGUCCGGAACAUUUGCUAUCUUUGACUCUUAGGAUGAAGGGUGGGUUGCAUGUGAGGGUGAAGGAAAGAUUUGUGGCUACGGCUAAUUAUUAAUAAUUGAUGUGUUAUUAUCGACAUUAUGUUUUAUAUAUUUUUAAUGAAUUUAAAUAACUUGUAAAAUAAAUUAUGUAGAUAGCUAAUAAAUAUUUUUAAAUUAGGAGAA